AUGGCCGGCCUGGGCAACGAUAGCAUCCAACAAUCGCUGAGAAACGUAACACAGAAAGACGUCCCCAGGACACACCGUCCGUCGAUCGACACCAACGACAGCUGCCAACGAUCGCCGAGAAACUCCGGCGUAUCCGUAACCGACAACGCCGGACGCAGAGCAAAACAUCAGUCGAUUGACACCAACGAUAGCUACAAACGAUCGCCGAGAAACUCCGGCGGAUUCGUAAUCGACAAAGCCGGCCGCAGAAUAAAGCACAUUUCGAUUGACACCAACGACAGUAGCUCGAGCCGAUACUCCCUCGAAUCUCAGAAACCGAGGCCGCCUCCAGGAGAUUACCAUAUUAAAAUCCCCAGGGAACAGAUCUACCGCAUCCCUCCGCCGGAGAAUGCUCACCGUUACGAGUACCUUUUUCGCCAGAAACCCAAUCGAUCGAGUUUUCGCCGAUGUUGCUGCUCUUCCCUCGCCGCCUUAAUCGUCCUUCUCGUCAUAGCAGCGCUCGUCGUCGGGAUCCUCUUCCUCGUUUACCGGCCGCAUAAGCCAAGCUACUCGGUCAGUGGAGUCUCCUUCGCCGGAAUCAAUCUGACGUCAUCGUCUCCAAUGUCUCCGGUAAUCAAACUCAAGGUGCGCUCUAAGAACGUUAACGCUAAACUCGGUUUAAUCUACGGGAAUGGAACUUCGGCUGAGCUUUUCUACGACGGGAUCAAACUAGGAGGCGGCGAGUUCGCGGCGUUUAAGCAGCCGGCGGAAAAUGUAACGGUGACGGCGACGAAAUUAAGGGGAUCGAGAGUCCAGUUAACGAGCUCGUCGCGCAAGGAGUUAACGGAAUCGGAGAAGAAAGGGAAAGUGCCGUUUGACCUGAGAAUUAAAGCGCCGGUUAAGUUUAAGGCUGGCCUCGUCACGACGUGGACAGUGACCGUUACGGUGGAAUGCAAAAUAACACUGGACAAAUUAACGGCAUCGGCAACUGUGAUAACGGAAAACUGCGUCACGGAAGACAUAAGCUUGUUUUAA